AUGACACUCGAAGAACAAAUACAAGAGGUCAGCAUUGACAUCGACGAAAUCAAACGCGUUAUUGACUAUACCACUCGUCCUCGCAUAAAGCAAAAUCUAGAGCUUCAACAGCGCAAGUUUGAAAAGGAAUUAAGUCAACUUCAAGAGAAGCUGCAGAAACAACAACAGGCUGCUGCUGAGGCAGCAGAAAGAGCAGCCCGUGCUAGUACCAUACCAACCGCUACUCAAUCAUAUACGAAGGAUAUAUCAGUCUAUGCAUGGGAUCAAACCGAUAAAUUCGUCAAGAUCUACGUUCAAAAUCUGGAUGGAAUCGGCAGCUUACCCGAAAACCAGGUUCAGUGUUCGUUCGAAAAACGUGGUUUUCAUCUUCAAAUUCAAAAUCUGAAAAAUAUCAAUUAUUUCUUGAAGAUACUCGGUCUUCUGCAUGAUAUUGAACCGGGCCAAUCAACCUUCAAAGUUCGUCAAAAAGGAUAUGAUCAUUGUGUCUUUACGAAAAGUCGAAUCGAAAAAUUGGGAAUGCUUGCUAAAGGACGAGAAGAAAACACCUAUCAAACCACUUCCAAAACCUGA